AUGUUACAACUUAUAGUGGAGAAUCCAUCAAGCUUAUCCUACACAAGUCGCCAUUUCAAUGGAAACCAUGUAAAACAAACUCAAAACACAGUAUAUACGACCCCGGAAUCACCAUCAAUUACACCAGCAAGAAGAAGAAGGCGAGCAAUGCAGGACAAACUUGAUAAGGAACACAGCAUUCAUCUCGAACGAGUACAACAAAUGGUAAAACAAAUACGCAAUCAAAAAACAAUUGCGGUCAAGUGGCAGGAACAGGAGCGUGAGCGGAGGGCGAAGGAGGCCGAGGAGGCGAAGCGGCAGCUGGAGCAGGAACUGAAGGCCCAGCAGGAGGCGCGCGAGGCGGAGGAGCGCCGGCGCGCCGAGCUUGCCAAGCAGCAGCGUGAGGAGUCGAGGGCACGCAAGGAGGAACUGCAGCGGAAGCAGGCCGAGGAGAGGAGAAAGAAGAAGGAGGAGCUGCAGGCCGAGACUGAGAGGCUGCUGGCCGAGGCCCGCAGUGCCGAGGAGGGCGAGAAGAAGGCGCUCGCCGAGAAGGUGCGGACAGGAAAGGAGGAAGGCGCCAGGUGGCAGGAACAGGAGCGUGAGCGGAGGGCGAAGGAGGCCGAGGAGGCGAAGCGGCAGCUGGAGCAGGAACUGAAGGCCCAGCAGGAGGCGCGCGAGGCGGAGGAGCGCCGGCGCGCCGAGCUUGCCAAGCAGCAGCGUGAGGAGUCGAGGGCGCGCAAGGAGGAACUGCAGCGGAAGCAGGCCGAGGAGAGGAGAAAGAAGAAGGAGGAGCUGCAGGCCGAGACUGAGAGGCUGCUGGCCGAGGCCCGCAGUGCCGAGGAGGGCGAGAAGAAGGCGCUCGCCGAGAAGGUGCGGACAGGAAAGGAGGAAGGCGCCAGGUGGCAGGAACAGGAGCGUGAGCGGAGGGCGAAGGAGGCCGAGGAGGCGAAGCGGCAGCUGGAGCAGGAACUGAAGGCCCAGCAGGAGGCGCGCGAGGCGGAGGAGCGCCGGCGCGCCGAGCUUGCCAAGCAGCAGCGUGAGGAGUCGAGGGCGCGCAAGGAGGAACUGCAGCGGAAGCAGGCCGAGGAGAGGAGAAAGAAGAAGGAGGAGCUGCAGGCCGAGACUGAGAGGCUGCUGGCCGAGGCCCGCAGUGCCGAGGAGGGCGAGAAGAAGGCGCUCGCCGAGAAGGUGCGGACAGGAAAGGAGGAAGGCGCCAGGUGGCAGGAACAGGAGCGUGAGCGGAGGGCGAAGGAGGCCGAGGAGGCGAAGCGGCAGCUGGAGCAGGAACUGAAGGCCCAGCAGGAGGCGCGCGAGGCGGAGGAGCGCCGGCGCGCCGAGCUUGCCAAGCAGCAGCGUGAGGAGUCGAGGGCACGCAAGGAGGAACUGCAGCGG